AUGCGUCUUCUUGCUAUUUGUAUCCUUGUGAUCGUUAUAUUUGCCGUAUUCGUCGAUGUAAUUAAUGGUGAUGCAUCAAAAACUGAAACUCAAAAGUUAAGUCCUGCUUCACGCCGUAAAACAUCAACUUCAUUGAAGGAAAAAACAACAGGAACAAAACGAAAAGUUAGUGCAGAAGUAAAAGCUUGCAAAGCACAAUGUAUAGCAGCACAAGGUUCAGCGAAUGAUGCAGCGGCAACACAAACACUCAAUGCUUGUCGAAAGAAAUGUCAUAAAGACAACAAGAAAAAGUUAUUGAAGAGUCGUAAAAGCAAAGUAGCAGCAUCCUAA